AUGACUGACGUCAAAGAUAAAAAGCAGGAGAUCUUCCCUACUGGCGAUUCAGCUUUGACAUUAUGUCUGGGCACCGAUCCAUCGGCUUUCACUCCGGAAGAUGCUCAGACGAUCUCCGCAAGUAAUCAAGAGAAGAUCACUACGUCAUGUCCGAGCAUCGCUGCCCAAUCACGAUCUCCAGCUGACAACGCAAAUGCAGAAAUAGAUCAUGUGGCAGUAAAGAUGUCCGACAAAAGGAGGUGGACAUUAUUAGCCCUUUUUAGCUUUUCCCUCAUUGUCGAUCCAUCUUCAUUCAUUGUUGGCCCAGCAGAAUGUAUGGACAAAGUACAAUGCAUUCUCAGUAGAUCAGCAACAUUCCUCGACAAGGUAUCAAAUGUGUACGAUUCCAACGAGGAUGUUACUGUACUUGGUGAUGUACCUGAGGUCGCAUCAGUGAUCACGUCAGCGCUUGAACAAGCGCGAGAGAUCCAUCCAAUUCUGCGUAGACAUGCUAUAUACGGUGAAGAAUUGAUCAGAACUACUGAAGCCUCACGAUUGCAUAACAUUUAUUCUGCAUUGUCGACCAUUGAGAACCAAGUAAAAAGUAUGAAUAGCAAAUUUCAUGCGGAGUCAUCGCAUGGAGAUGCGAGUGAGUUCAAAAAGAGAAUUAAGGAGGUGAGAACUGUAAAAGAUCUUAUCAAUGAAGGAAGGAUUUUCGAUAUACCUCGAAUACAAGAGAUAUGCCACGCUCGCGAAUAUCAACAAUUCAUUCACCCACCGACAGGUAACACAAGUGGAAGUCAAGAUAUAGAUACAAGCUCGAUCUUUUAUCCUGAAUCGACAAUUUUACGUGAAGGUUCAAGAUUACUCGAUGCUAGAAAUCCCAAUCCUUCCUACAAGCCAGCUCAUAUAAUCCACAAAAUCAGCAUCGUCCCCGGCAGCUUGGAUAGUAAACAUCAGAUUAUAUCGAUUGGUAGAGGGACUGGAGAUCUUAAUCUAGCGGACUUCGAACGAUGGGAACCUCAAGCUAGGAAGCCUAGACCUGUCAGUUGGUUUGAUUGGAUGGAGAAGAGUGUGUUAGCACGUGAAUGA